UUGCUCCGUUGUUAUCGGCGGGCUCAAUUGAUGUCAGUGGAGUCAUCUUUCUUAUUCUUCGACAGAAAUGAAGGCUAAACUCUGCCUUAGAUUAUAAAGGCGCGAUACCUCGUGAAUGGGUACAUCGACCAAUCGAAUCAAAUCAACCUUCAUCUAAUUCUUGCGGUGAAAGCAUAUCCAUAUUUAUGUAUUAUUUAGAGAUAACUGUGAUCAGUUGCCGACGAGAGGCAUCUUAUGCCAGAGGAGCGCGUUAUUUACUCAUUAAGGGAGCAGCUAGCCGCCCACCUGAUAAGAGAGUGCGGCUUAUCUCCUGCCAUGAUUGACGUGCUACUAUCUCCACCUGAACUGCCGCGGUCAGAAAUCCAACUCAAGAGUCUGCCUACUAGCCAAGACGGGAAAUGCAGGACUCCCAUCCAGCCACAAAGAAAAGCGCAGGAAGGAGCGGACCAGGAGGAUCCCACUUAUUCCAUUCGGAAAGAGUUCUACUAUCUAGUCACAAGGGUCGCACUCAUCUCAGAGACAGUAGCAGAGUGGACGAAAGAAGAAAGGCCAAAGAUCCAAUGGGAAGCUGAAAAGCUAUGGGGCGAGUUAUCAGCAAAGCACAUUCACUCCAGGGCUAGCAAGCGCAAUGAGGGUCGUCAGGUGCUCCUGAUAAAAGAGAAGGCGACCACGUGGACCACGUUCGACGGAGCAAUUGCCCCACUCUCACCAAGGAUAAGCGUAGACUUGCUGACACAGUGCACGGGUGAAGCAACUGCGGCCAUAACUGCACUAAAAGGAGGAGAGCAGGCGACGGAAUUGCUUCCAGGGGUAACAGUUGACACCAAUUGCUUUUCAUCCGCCGAGAUAGCCGUGGUGAGUACGUUCUUAGGAAAAGGAGUACAUCGAGGAAGUGCGAAGCUUUCGGCUGAAGUUCCUAUCUGGAUAUAUCAGGUCGAUCUCCAGCGCACAAGAGGAACUCCCAUAGAUAUACGAAAGGUCGGCCAGCCUUCGGAAGGAUGGGAACAAUACAGUGGAGACGGCCUUUAUCUGACAGGAAGUCUUGAGCGGGUCAGAGCGAUAAGGAAGCUGGUUCUCCCUGGAGAACCUCAGGUCCAGUUAGAAGAUGCCGAAGAUGUGCCCAUCAUGUUCAUUGAAGUGCCACCAGUUAUCCCUCUUGAGGAGAUCAGAGCAAGAAGAAUGCCUCACGCGGCAGGAGUCUGCCCAGGAUGUUUUUGGAAAGCAGUCCCUCCAACAGAAAGCUGGGAAAUAGGGCUGCCAGAAGGGCGAGCUGCGGAAUUGAUCCGACAUGUUGAAGAAUGUCACCCGAUCGAUCGGCCUGAGAUAUCUCCACUUGCAAAGGCACUACAACUUGCGGCCAAGGAGGAAACGAGAGAAGAAUACGCUGCCAAAAAGGAAAAGCAGCGCCGUGGUUCUGAAGUGUGCUUCUAUCGGCUAAGAUCGGUAGGCCCAAAGAAGAAGCAUAGGAAGAAACAUCCGGAGAGAUAUCACUGCCGAAUAUGCGAUAUCAACUUCAACACCUCCUGGGGAUCAAUGAAACAACAUGAGGCAUGUCAUCACGAAGGUGAACCAACAAAGUGCUACCGGCUGCUAACUGUCAGGAGAUGCUCUGACAUCGAGUUAGGAGCUGUCACGAAUCUCCUCAGGCCCGAGCAACACAUGAAGAACAGGACUACUGGAAGAGUAGGCCCCGGCGCAGGAGUACGCUUACACAAGAUUUUUGUCCCGCAACAACUACGCUACUUAUUCAGGCGAAGGAAAUAUCUCAGAUGCCAUAAAUGCAGCAGCUGGAAGAUUCUUUUCAAUGAGGAACAGAUGACAUUGCAAGCCCUUUCUAGUAGAGUGGACCGAUUGAGAAAGCACGUGAGGAAAUGCAAAAAGGGAGUGCAAAAAAGAAGUAGAACGAAAUGAGAAAAGCAGCAUGCAAUUCUUCUAAAAAGAAGAAAAAAGAGAAGUCAAAAGCUUGAAUUAGAAUAGCUUCGAAAUAGAGCAAGAAGUCCAACAAUUAGAAACGCUGUCGCCAUGGCGUCAAAAGAUACCUCCAGAACAGGUAAAUGAAUGAAUGAAUGAAUGAAUGAUCCAUGAGUGCUUUUGUUAGAUGGAACCAUCGUCAUCAAUUGUGAUGUGUUUAGCGACUACAUCAUCUUUCAAAAAGAUGGUCGGAGCUAUCCACAUGAUUGCGAUCACCAAAAACCGUUGUACCCCCAUCAUGCACUGAAAAUCUGAUUUUCAAAAAAAAACGUUUAUUUUAUGAAAGCAUGUCAUAGCCCUUCAUCUUCUGGAAGCCUUGCA